CCACCAACAUCAGCAACAAAGUCCCAAACAAACAUCCAUACUACGCUACUAAUCGCAAAUCACUGGAGAGCACACCAUGCCCAUAAGAAAAAGCACUGCAUCGGCAGUCUCCAACGACGACACCGCCGCCGCCAAACCCACAUCCCCAGACGAUGGCCUCAGUGUCGAAGACCUCAACCUUCCGAAAUCCAUAGUCCAACGCCUCGCAAAAGGCGUCUUACCGCCCAACACGCAAAUCCAAAAAGAUGCAUUACUCGCCAUGUCCAAGUCGGCCACCGUCUUCGUAAACUACCUCACCUCGGCGGCAGCCGAGCAUGCACAGCGGUCUGGGAAGAAGACCAUCAUGCCCAAGGACGUCUUCGACGCAAUGACGGAGCUGGAAUUCGCUGCCAUGCUGCCGCGCUUGGAGGCAGAGGUGAACAAGUUCACGAGCAUACAGGCGGAUAAGAGGAACACGUACCGCAAGAAGGUGCGUGAGGAGAAGAAGAAGGUGACUGGCGAGCCAGGGCCGGAGCAGGAGCCGAAAGGGGACGUGGAGGCUGAUGGGAGUCCGAGGGUGAAGCGCGUGAGGAGAGAGAGUGGGGAUGAAGGGACAGGGACGGAAGGGGAGGGGGAUGGGAAUGAGACGAAUGUGGAUGAGCAGGAGGAUGAAGAGGUAGAGGACGACGAGGUGGAGGAAGAAGUGCAAGAGGAGGGGUUGACAGAAGACCUGUUGGAGGAGAAGGAAAAUGCUGUGGAGGACGACGAGAUGGCGGAUGGGGACGAAAGUGAUUGAAUUUUCUUCCUUGAUUAGCGAAACACGAUUGCAUUGGAAGGCGUUUAGGUUUGGAGGUAUGGUGGUAAAUAUCCGGAUAGGAUGAGGGAGAUCAAGUUCACGAUAUGUACUUGCGCAGAAUUCGAUGUUGGAGACGCAUUCUGUUCAUUCGACUGCAUAUCAUAUCCGUUUACGUCCUGGCGAUGCUCUGUGCGUACCAACGCUAUCAGCCCUCAGUCUUCUUCCACGACCUAACACGUGCUGCCUUGCAACCC